ACAGCAUUUAAAACAAGUUGUUAUAGCUGGCAGAACCUCUCCAACUCAUUUAUUUUAAAAUACUCUUGACUAUGAACAGAGCAUGGCUGAUUAUUUCCACUUAAGUGUCGUUGCAUUCUGCAUCAUUAUCACAAGUGUUGCAACAGAUGAGGCCGCGCAUUUCAACUCUACAUUCAUCAGCCCAGAAUUGCUCAUCUCUUCAUAUCAAGAAAGCCUCCAAAUGGUAGAUGAAGCCUUGUUCCAUACCAGACAGCGACGAAGCACAUCCAGGUCCCCCAUGCGUGUGUUUACAUUCCUCCGGCAAGCCGAGCCUGAGACCCUGGAGAUUUCCCGAGCUGCAGAAAUCUUUGAAACAACUCUGCAAGUCUUAAAGAACAGAGUGAGGCUGAGAUAUAAAAGGGAUCUUGCUGUAUCAGAGCUGCUCUCCCAGGAAGACGUGGAGCUGAUUGCAGAGCUGUCAGGAUGUCCCCCACCCACACAUCCAGCUCUGUGCCUACAGCAAAACCAGUUGGACAAGUACCGCUCCAUAUCUGGCAUCUGCAAUAACAGACAAAAUCCUCACUGGGGAGCUGCCAACAUUGCCUUGGUCAGAUGGCUUCCAGCUCAAUAUGAAGACAGAGAGAGGCAACCGAAGGGCUGGAACCAUCGGCGGCUCUAUAAUGGAUUCCAACUUCCCCCGGUCUUGGAAGUCAGCAAGAAAAUAAUGAAGAGCUCUCAUAAGCCCAAAGAUGCUGCCUAUUCACAACUGCUGGUGGAGUGGGGCCAGUACAUCGACCAUGACAUAACCUUCACCCCUUCAAGCCCCAGCAAGACUGCUUUCAUGGAAGGAGCGGAUUGUUUGAGCACAUGUGAAAAUGUGCAUCCAUGCUUUCCUAUCGAGUCUCAUGACAUGAUGUCUGGCAGCCAAAGCUGCAUGCCCUUUUUUCGGUCAGCUCCAGCUUGCUUUUCCACUUUUGGGCCGAGUACUGGAGAGCCUCUGCAGCGUCAACAAACUAAUUCCAUCACAUCGUUCUUGGACGCCUCUGUAGUGUAUGGCCACACCCCGAAAUUACAGAGCUCCCUUCGUGACCUCUCCAGCCCUGAUGGCAAACUGGCUAUCAACAAGCAAUACAAGGAUCCAAAAGGUAGGCCAUAUCUGCCUUUUGUGACCAAACUACCCUCGGAUUGCCUGCAGGAUUCAAAUGAUCCCCAGGGGGAGAGGGUGGAGUGUUUCGCUGCUGGAGACACUCGAGCCAAUGAGGGUCUGACCCUGACCUCACUGCAUACCCUGUGGCUCAGGGAACACAAUCGGAUCGGAGGGACACUGAAACGUCUCAAUUACCAUUGGAGUGCAGAGACUGUGUACCAAGAAACCCGCAAGAUUGUUGGAGCUAUGCAUCAGAUUAUAACCAUGCGAGAUUAUGUUCCAAAAAUUAUUGGUCCGGAGUCUUUUGAGCAGUACAUUGGACCCUAUGAGGGAUAUGACCCCACCAUAAACCCGUCAGCCUCCAAUGUGUUUGCCACCGCUGCUUUCCGGUUUGGCCACGCUACUGUCACUCCAAUCCUCAGGAGACUUAACGAGAGCUUCCAGGAACAUGAGCACUUCCGCCCCUUGAGACUGCACAACUCCUUCUUCACUCCAUGGAGAAUUGUCAGAGAAGGUGGAAUUGAACCAGUCCUCAGGGGUAUAAUAGGAACAGCAGCAACAGCUGUGAGCACAGACAAGCUGAUGGCCGAGGAAGUCACAGAAGACCUGGUUGUCCUUAACAUAUCACAGAAGAUGGACCUGGCCGCACUGAAUAUGCAGAGGGGACGAGAUCACGCACUUCCUGGAUACAAUGAUUGGAGGGCAUUCUGUGGACUGAAGCAAAUAAAGACAGAAGAUGACUUAGGAGACAUCAUAGGAAACAGAAGAGUUGCUGAGAAGAUCCUGAAAAUGUACAAACAUCCUAACAACAUUGAUGUGUGGCUGGGAGGACUUGUUGAAAGCUUGUUGCCAGGCUCAAGAACUGGCCCUCUUUUCUCUUGCCUGAUUGGAAAGCAAAUGAAAGUGCUUCGUGAUGGUGAUAGGUUUUGGUGGGAGGCUCAGGGUAUGUUCACUGAGCAACAGAAGGCUGAGCUUACAAAAUCGUCUCUAUCUCGUAUCAUCUGUGACAAUAGUGACAUAACCACACUCCCCCGUGACCCCUUCAGGCUCGGGAAAUACCCCUCUGAUCACCUGUCCUGUCAGCACAUCCCACCAAUCAAUUUGGAGGCUUGGAGAGAAGAGAAGAGCAGAGCCUUAGAACUGUGUGGCUCUCCAAGCAAGAUAAAGAAUGGGGAUUUCAUAUUAUCCUCUAUGCCUGGCAAGUUGGUGGCUCUGUAUUCCUGUUACCAUGGUUUCAGAUUAAAGGGUGCCACUGCAAUUGUUUGUGAAGGAAACAGAUGGAGUGGUCAACCUCCACAAUGUAGAGGCAGUCAUGACUAAGAUGCUCGCAAUGCAACAUAUCCAGAAAUGCCUGAGACUGAAAUGUUCAAAUCCAUCCACAAAGGAAAUAUCCCGGCUUCUUUCUUUUUCUAUAUUUAAUUGAUGGUGAACUGUUGUGUGCUUUGAGCUAUGGGAUGCAUUUUUCAAAAUUUUAAAUGCCAGUUACAAAUUUAACCUGUACGCAAUUUAGCAGCAGGUAGAAUUUUCCUCCCUAUUGUUCAUGCAUCAAAACUUUUGAAAGUGUUCAUAUCAAU